UUUGAAGAUGGAGUGGGUAGAAACUAGAAAUACAAAAGUAGAUUUCCUUGAGGUGAUGCUUUGGUAGCUCACGGAAAAUCACCGGGUCCAUUGUUCGUCACUGGGCCAGUUACCAUAUUGGGCUUGCGAUCCAUAAAAGCAAUAAAUGGAGAGGAGAGAGAAUGAGCGCAGGCGGGGCCUUUCUGAUUCGAACUCACCACCGCUCUCCUCGCCGUUGCUCCACCGCUCCUCCGCCAUUCCCGCCGCGUUCAACCCCGCAAUACUUCAUCCUCGCCGCCUUGAUUCCUUCUUCUCCUCCAUAUCCGCAAUCCUGUUCCUCCGUAUCUAUAGCUCCCGCCAUCUGGUUUCGAAUCGGAAGCUGCUUCUCUUCGGUUACUCAGUGCGGUGCAGUUGCAAUGGCGGCCUCCGGAGAAGACCUCGACCUCGACCUCAAUCUGACGCUCUCUCGAGUUCACCUGGAUCCUUCAGCUCCUCGCAUAGUCUCUCCGCCGUGUAGGCCACACAGCUUAGCUCCCGUCCCUAAUCCCACCGCCCUCUCCGAUUCCCGAACGGAUUCUCCGACUGUACCGUCCUUUCAGCCGCAUUCAGCUUCUAUCGGAGUUUUUGUUCCGAGAAAAAAUGUGACUGGUAGCUCUGAAGCUGAGAAUGUUAACAAUAUGAUGUUACAAGUUCAAACUGCGGAGACCACCAACACGUCUCUGCUCCAACAAACUGUUAGUGCUUCAGAAUGGCGUAGAGCAAGGUCUGUAAAGCGUCCCAAGUUUGGAACUAAAGGAAUAAACUCAGAUCCUUACGAUAGCCCUAAUGUAGCUGGAACCUGCCGUUAUGACAAUUCCUUGGGCUUGUUGGCCAAAAAAUUUAUUCAUUUGAUCCAGGGAGCUGAAGAUGGCACACUUGAUCUGAACCGCUGUGCUGAUAUUUUGGAGGUUCAAAAGAGGAGAAUUUAUGAUAUUACAAAUGUGCUUGAAGGAGUGGGACUAAUAGAGAAAACUCAAAAGAAUCACAUGCGCUGGAAAGGAUUUGAGACAAGUGAAUCAAGAGAGUUGCAUGAAAAAAUCUUUAAUUUAAAGGUUGAAGUUGAACAUUUGUGUACUGAAGACCAACGGCUGGAUCAUUGCAUAAGGGAAAAGCUAGAGCAAUUAAGGGUCCUUGAAUCUGAUCUUAAUUGCCAAAAGAAUCUCUUUUUGACACAGGAUGAUAUCAUGAAUCUACCAUGCUUCAGGGAUCAAACUAUUAUUGCGGUAAAAGCCCCACAUGCAAGUUCAGUUAAAGUUCCUGAUCCUUGUGAGCAGGAUGGCGUUGUUUUCCCUGAGAAGCAUUACAGGCUUAUUGUUCGAAGCACAACCGGACCGAUAGACUUGUACCUUUUGAGCAAAAAAGACGGGCAACAUGAAGAUGUGACUGUGAAACAUGCAGUAUCCUCAGGUGGGGAUAAUUGUAGCAGACAAAACAUUGACACCAGAUCAUCUUUGGUUUCUUCAGAUACUUCAACCUUAAAUACCACGAACCCGUGCCAGAUCCACAAAAUAGUUCCAUCUCGUGCCAGUUUUGAUGACGACUACUGGUUGCACUCGGAUCAGGAAGUGAGUGCGACGGGUCUAUGGGGCAGUGAAGAAUCUUGAGGUUUGUUUGGAUAAAGAUCAUAAGAGUAACAAGAGGGAGUGAGUGUAUCAGACCUGUACAUACUCUAUUUUAAUAUACCUUUCUUUUUCCU